CAGCCCAUUGAAGCUUUGAAGAUGAAGGAAUUCGAUUUAUCCGAAAACAACUUGACAGGAACAAUUCCGGAUGAUUUUGGUGCACUAACAGAGUUGUCGCCUUUGUCUCUAUUUUCCAAUCAACUCUCGGGGGAGAUACCGGAAAGCAUUAGUCGCCUUCCGUCACUGACAUAUGUAACAUUGUCCAGCAACAAUCUCUCUGGAACAUUGCCACCGGACUUGGGGCAAUAUUCCAUUCUUCAGGGGUUUGAAGUCGCCCAGAACCAUUUCACCGGUAAGGUGCCGGAGUACUUGUGCGCUAAUGGUGGACUAAUAGGAAUUGCGGCAUAUGAUAACAAUUUGAGUGGUGAAUUGCCUAACUCACUUGGCAAUUGUUCGAGUUUGUUGAUUGUUCGGGUUAAUGGUAAUCGCCUUUCUGGCAGUAUUUCAGCUGGUCUCUGGACAUCAACCAAUCUGACAUUGUUGAUGCUUAGCGAUAACUCCUUUACCGGUCACCUUCCAAGAACACUUGCACCAAGUUUAUUACGACUCGAGAUCAGUAAUAACAAGUUUUCCGGUGAAAUCUCAACUGGGUUGUCUUCUUGGAAGCAUUUAACAGUGUUCAGUGCAAGUAACAACCUCUUUGUUGGUACGAUUCCCCAAGAAUUGACAACACUUUCUCAAUUGACAACUCUGCUGCUCGAUGGGAAUCUACUUUCCGGUCAUCUUCCAUCAGAUAUUGUCUCAUGGAAGUGGCUGACCACUCUGAAUCUCAGUCGAAACCAACUCUCGGGUUCAAUUCCUGCCAAACUUGGUUCUUUACCAAGCCUCACUGUUUUGGACUUGUCAAGGAAUGCGUUCUCAGGUCAAAUUCCAACUCAGAUUGGCCUUUUAAAGCUAACUUCCCUCAAUUUGUCUUCCAACUGUCUCACUGGAAGAAUCCCAUCUGAGUUUGAAAAUACUUUUUUCAAUGCCAGCUUCUUGAACAACACCGGUCUUUGUGCAAGUAAUCCAUCACUCGGCCUUGAGAUCUGCUCUUCUAGAUUUGAAAACUCGAGCAAAUUAUUCUCCAGGCUUCUCGCUAUAAUCAUAGGUAUAGCAACAGUCUUACUUGCAUCAGCUAUGCUACUCACAUUCUUCCUAAUUAAAACCAAGGGCCGCGAAUCGGAUUCCAAGUGGGAGUUCACUUACUACCAGAAAUUGAAUUUGAGUUUCAAAGAGUCAGACAUUUUGUCAAAUUUGACUGAAAAUAAUGUGAUCGGAAGUGGUGGGUCGGGAAAAUUAUAUCGUGUUGAGUUGAACUGUUCAAGUGAAAUUGUAGCAGUUAAGAGGAUUCAGAAUAUCAAGUUGGAUCAAAAGCUGGAGAAGCAAUUCCUAGCAGAAGUUGAGAUAUUGGGCACAAUUCACCAUUCCAACGUAGUGAAUUUGUUGAGUUGCAUUUCUAGUGAGACUACAAAACUUAUUGUUUAUGAGUAUUUGGGAAACCAUAGCUUGGAUAGUUGGCUCCAUGGAAAAAAGAGGCAAAGCAUAUCGGAUUCAGACCUCGGUGUUGUCUUGGACUGGCCUAAGCGGUUGAAAAUUGCCGUGGGAGCUGCCCGAGGGCUAUGCUACAUGCACCAUGAUUGCAAACCUUCAGUAAUUCACCGAGAUGUGAAAUCGAGCAAUAUUUUGUUGGAUUCUCAGUUCAAUGCAAAAGUUGGAGAUUUUGGCCUAGCCAAGAUAUUGGUAAAGCAUGGAGGGCCUAAUACGAUGUCAACUGUGAUUGGCUCUUUUGGCUACAUUGCUCCAGAGUAUGCUAGGACAAGCAAAGUGAAUGAGAAGAUUGAUGUCUAUAGCUUCGGUGUUGUCCUUCUAGAACUAGUUACUGGUAAGAAAGCCAACGAUGAAAAUGAAGGUAUGUGCCUUGCCGAUUGGGCAUUUCAAUAUUACAAUCAAGAAGGCAGGCACAUAGUUGAUGCCCUGGAUGAGAAGAUUAAAGAACUUCAUUACUUGUAUGAAAUGGCUUGCGUUUUCGAGCUUGGGAUCAUUUGCACUAGCCCACUUCCCUCGAAUAGGCCUAGCAUGAGGCAGGUUUUACAAAUCUUGCUCAAUUGCAGCCAUCAAUCGGGAUUUGGAGGGGGGUAAUGUUGGGAGUGAGAAUGACUGCUGUUCUGACUUCUCUGAUGAUUUUAGGCAGGGGAGCAUUUUUUAAGGUGAGGAUGGAAGUUUAUUUUCCAUUGUUUAGUUACUCUUUUCAUUCUUGACUAUUGCAUAAGCAUUCGCAAUUACUACCACAAGAAAGCCGCCCCCUAUCUCUAAAGGGGCUCAUCACUUCGUCUGUAGACUGCAGUCUACCUUAGUGAUUCCUCUUGUAUACUCAACUUGUUUGGUGCCCUUCACCGGUUUAUUCCUUCCUUGAGUAGAGCGGCAAUGUGGCAGGACCGCCCUUGUAAAACAAAUCAAGUUGCUCAUUCUAGGCUUGUGAAAACCUAUUUCAAGAUCAACUCACUAUGCAAAUUUUUGAAGAAAUUAUAAAAAGAAUUUCAGAAUUGGAGCCCUACAAUAAAAUAAAUUCUAAAUUUUUAAUUUUGUCAAUUUAAACCUUAAUAUUGUAAUUUUUUUUCCGUCUAAAUUAUUUGCAUAUUUUUGUUAGGUAAAAGCGAUUACAAAUGACAUUUUUAGUUAUUAAACUCAAUAAAAAAUAGUAUUUAAGACAUCUUCCAUGUACCUAUAUUGAGCAUAAUAACUAAAAUAUUAUUUUUCCGUUACUUUUAUUUAAUGAAAAUAUGCAAAUGAUUUA